UCCUGUCACCCUGCAGUGCUCUCCUACUGAAGAAGAGUGAGAGGUCCCUGUGUGUGAACUUUCCAACAUGCAAACUGUCUUUUUCUCCACACUUUUAUGGGGUGUUCUGGUACUGUGGAAGGGGUCAGAGCAGAUCGGUGAUUUCCAGGUCAGACUGGUCGAUGGGAAAGAUUCCUGCUCUGGGAGAGUGGAGGUCUUCCACGAAAAAAAAUGGGGCACGGUGUGUGAUGAUGGCUGGGAUAUGAAUGAUGCCAGAGUGGUCUGUAGAGAGGUGGACUGUGGGAGUGCUAAGUCUGCUCCAGGUAAUGCCCACUUUGGACCGGGGAAAGGGAAAGUCUGGAUGGGUCAUGUUCAAUGUUCAGGCCAUGAGGACUCUCUCAAGGAUUGCUCAAACCCCUCGUUUGGACUUUUUUCCUGUCCUCACUCUAAAGAUGCUGGGGUUGUCUGCUCAGGUGUUUUCAAGGUCAGACUGGUCAAUGGGACUGAUUCCUGCUCUGGGAGAGUGGAGGUCCUCCACGAAAAAAAAUGGGGCACGGUGUGUGAUGAUGAUUGGGAUAUGAAUGAUGCCAGAGUGGUCUGCAGACAGCUGGGCUGUGGGAGUGCUGAAGAAGCUAAAGGCGAUGCCCACUUUGGACCGGGGACCGGGGAUAUCUGGGACAUUCAGUGUUCAGGCAGUGAGGGCUCUAUUGAGGAGUGCUCACAGAAUAAGGUUGUACAUAAAAGGUGUUAUCACUCUGAGGAUGCUGGGGUUGUCUGCUCAGGUGGGACAGAGGGAGAAGGAGAAUGUAAGGGUAAAUCAGAGGAGCAGUGCCAGCUGGACUCUCUGGAUAAUCUGCUCAACAACAGCAGCUCACUGACACCAGCAAUGUUGCUGAAUGUGACUCUGCGUGCCGUGGAUCUGCUGUCUCAGUGGAAGGGGGAGGUGGGAGAGAAGCAGAUAGAUGUUGCACUGAAGAUCCCAGAGAAGCUGGCGUUAGCGCUGGUGAAGCCCACGCAAACCCAGAGCAGCAGCCACCUCUCUACCAAAAAAAUAGAGGUGGAAACAUUUGCCAUCGGGCCAGAAGCCAACCUGGCAGAAAAACCUCAGCUAAAAGCCAGAGACAACCUUCUGGAAAUUGAUCUACUCACCAUUGCUAAGAACAACAAUGGAUCUGGAGCAGUGGUCUUCAUAGCCUACGCCAACAUGGAGAAUGUGCUGAAGGCUGAAUUCUUCCACACGGAAAGAGAGACCAAUAAGACCAUGAUGUCCAGUGUCAUCUCUGCCUCCCUCCCCAAUACCAAAAACACAACGCUGCCUGAACCAGUCAACUUUACCCUGAGACACCUCACACAGGUGGACCCUGAGGGCCAGCUCACCUGUGUGUACUGGAAUCAGAGCAGGUGGAUCGUGGAUGGCUGUGAGCUCACAGAGACCAACGCCACUCACACCGUGUGCACCUGCAACCACCUGUCCACCUUCGCCCUCAUCAUGCAGACCACCUGAGGUGAGGAGGGGAAGGACCUAACCAAACAAGGUGGGCCUCAACCAAGGGUAUAAUAAUAGAAUAACUUCUGUAACAGCACUAACUCAUGUGCUUCCCCAGCUAAAUCUAACACAGGCAGUUGAGUCCUUAUUAGGUAAAUAUAAAUACUCAAUAAAAUUAUAUUUGAUAUGCUUUUAUAUUCAAGAAAUUUAUCAAUAAUGCUAAAGGGAAUAUGUUUUAUAUCUAGAUGUCUUAGAUAGCACUCAGGUGUUGAGUGGUGGCUUGACUUGAAACAACAAAACUAAUCCAAAAAGUAAAUAUUUUACUGCAUUGGCCUGCAUCAAGACUUGCAAAUUUAUUGAAGGUGUAGAAAUACUUGGAAAAAGAUGGAGGAUGGAGUUUAGACUUCCACCAAGGAUGGUGCCAUGCUGAUAGGAAAAGAAAGUUUUUGAUUUAUUCUGAUAUAUAACUUUAGGUAGUGAGAAUUGUGACCUAAACCCCUACUGACUGCACCCCAGUGAAACCUCUUGAAUGGAGAGAACUGAAAAAUAAGUGUUUAUUCCUUGCAUCAACAGGUGCUCACACCUGAACUUCUGUUUUUAACCCAUAUAACCCAACAGCUGCAAAUUGUGGACAUAUGAGCUUCCCUCAUUCUCCACUGAAUAACUUGCAUAGCAACAUUUGUUUUGACAUUCACAGGAGGCUUGUUAUUUCAGUAUGUUGGAUAUAUCAUCAGUAAAUGAAAAAUCGACUGUCUAACAGGGAAGUCUGCCUAUGUUUUUACCAGGGCUUCUCUCAUUUACUUCAAAAAGAACCACAUUUUUUCAUCUCUAUCAUCUCAGCAUGUAGAAACAUUUUAUGUACCAGAAACACAGGUCUUACAUGGUACUCAAUCAGAUGUCAGCACAGAACAGGAUUUUAUACAAUGAAAUCAUGAUCUCCGCCUGCAGUGUAAUCAGAUGUGCAUCUCUCAGCUCAGCUAACCAUGCAGAUGACAAGAACAAAUUUGAUGAUUACUGAAAGCAUUUCUUUUUAUCUGAAAUAUUAACUGAUUUAUCAUGACAUCUAUGUGA